AUGCCCAUCGCCGGGCUCGACAUUGAGCGCGAAGAGCUCGCGGAUGAGGUAGCAGUCUUGCAGUCUAUAUACGGCGAUGAAGCCAUACAAUCCUGGACACCCGCCACAGAACACGAGCACGCCGCGUACGGCGCCAAAGAGGGCGUGGUGCGAUAUCAAGUCAAUCUGAGUCUCUCGCCUCCCCAUCAAGACGUCUCCCUUCGCAUCCUCGUCUCCCUCCCGCCGACCUACCCGUCGUCCUCGCCGCCUCAACUCCAAUUACUGUCUCGCUACAUCGGCGCGUUCGGCGUAGAUGCCGAGCUCUUCGGCGCCGUCUUGAAGACGUACAUAUCUAUCGCAGGCGUCGAGUUCGCUCCCGACGUCGUCUGCGUCUUCGAUGGGCUCUCUAACGUUCUCGAGCGCGUAGAACGUUGGUACGAAGACAAGCUCAGCGCAAAGGCCGUGGGCGAGUUACUUCGAGACUCUGGUCGCGCCGACGACCCAAAUCCGAACCAACGGGCGCCCGUUCUUCCUGCGCCACAGCUGGAUCGCCUGCCCGCCGCUCUACCUCCGGGCCUGCAGCUCAUAGAAGCGGAGCCCAUCGUCGAUCGCAAGAGCGCAUUUGUAGGACGCGCAUGUAGGAUAACGGACCCGGCUCAGGUGCCCGCAGUGCUCGGGUACCUCAUGGCCGACAAGCGUAUAGCUAGGGCCGCACACCCAAUCAUCAAUGCAUGGCGAUGUCAGGUUGGGAGUGUACUGCAUCAAGAUAACGAUGAUGAUGGCGAAACGGCUGCAGGAGGGCGUCUUGCACAUCUGCUACAACUCCUCGAUAUCAAGAACGUCCUCGUCAUUGUCACGCGUUAUUACGGCGGCAUCCUGUUGGGCCCGGAUCGGUUCAAACACAUCAACCAGGCAGCAAGAGACGCACUUGUACUGGGCGGUUUCUUGGACGAGAAGAAGCCUGAUACAAAGGAACGUGCCUCGUUCCACGCGGCCGCGCCCUCCGAAUCCCAAACGGGCACGCUUCGUCCGCGGACGGUACCUUUCGCGGCCGUACUCGCAUCUCCCAUAAUCGCAAUGGUUAUUUGA